AUGGUGUCAGAGGGCGAUGGAGUCAGAGGGCGAUGGAGUCAGAGGGCGAUGGUGUCAGAGGGCGAUGGAGUCAGAGGGCGAUGGUGUCAGAGGGCGAUGGAGUCAGAGGGCGAUGGAGUCAGAGGGCGAUGGAGUCAGAGGGCGAUGGUGUCAGAGGGCGAUGGAGUCAGAGGGCGAUGGAGUCAGAGGGCGAUGGAGUCAGAGGGCGAUGGAGUCAGAGGGCGAUGGAGUCAGAGGGCGAUGGUGUCAGAGGGUGAUGGAGUCAGAGGGCGAUGGUGUCAGAGGGCGAUGGAGUCAGAGGGCGAUGGAGUCAGAGGGCGAGUCAGAGGGCGAUGGUGUCAGAGGGCGAUGGAGUCAGAGGGCGAUGGAGUCAGAGGGCGAUGGAGUCAGAGGGCGAUGGAGUCAGAGGGCGAUGGAGUCAGAGGGCGAUGGAGUCAGAGGGCGAUAGGGCGAUGGAGUCAGAGGGCGAUGGAGUCAGAGGGCGAUGGAGUCAGAGGGCGAUGGAGUCAGAGGGCGAUGGAGUCAGAGGGCGAUGGUGUCAGAGGGCGAUGGAGUCAGAGGGCGAUGGAGUCAGAGGGCGAUGGAGUCAGAGGGCGAUGGAGUCAGAGGGCGAUGGUGUCAGAGGGCGAUGGAGUCAGAGGGCGAUGGUGUCAGAGGGCGAUGGAGUCAGAGGGCGAUGGAGUCAGAGGGCGAUGGUGUCAGAGGGCGAUGGAGUCAGAGGGCGAUGGAGUCAGAGGGCGAUGGAGUCAGAGGGCGAUGGAGUCAGAGGGCGAUGGAGUCAGAGGGUGA